AUGAUGUCCCCCGAUACAGUGUCGUCGCUGUUUCCCGACCGGCCCAUUCGGCCCCUCCCCAAGCGGCGACUUCGAGAACGCCUCUCGCCAGAGGCUGCCGACUCGAUCAAGUAUCCGCCCUCGACACUCGACAACGUUCCCCUCUUCUACUACCCGCCGUACACGGCCAAGGAGGACGGCCCGGCCCAGUCAAACGGCGACCCCGCUGGUGCUCUCGAACACGGCCGGCGACCCGACCCGCCUUCGUUCCAGAGUCUCCGCAAUGGCGUCCGGCCGGCGGCGGGCGAGGAGCAGGAAAGCGGCCCGCGAAGCACGCUCGUCACCAGGUCCCAGCCGGACAUCUUGACGCGAACGGCACGUCGCCCGUCUCGUCCGGACCCAGCACGCGGGGCUGAUCCUCAGCCGCCUCCAUCGGCGGCCUCGUCGGUCGACGGCUACGACUCGUUCGAGAACAGCAACAAGAAGAAGAGGAAGAUCCCCUCAGCAAGCGACUCGGUCCUUAAUGUGGCUGGCUCUCUGAGCAGCGACCUUAGCUCCCUGGGCAUCUCUGGAAACGCAAAUUCGCCCACCAACGAUGCUGGCGAGAGGUUGCACCACGCUUCUGCUGGGUAUUCAGCUCCUAGCUCCUACGCGUCAACCAAUCAAGGCUUUUCUGGCCCUGGCAGAGGCAGGCUGGGUCGCUCUCGAAACGGCAGAAGCCCUUUGCGUGCUCUGGCCGACGGUAACAGCGUCUGGCCAGGCCGGCCUCCCAAGGGCGGCACUUCGCCAUGGUCACCAGCAACCGAAGGCACGGGCAUCAUCUCUAGCGCGAUAGCCAACGCCGAGAAGCUCCCUCCCCAGGGACAGGAAAACGUGAGCCUGCUGCAGCAGCACUCGGCGACGCCCAAGUCCACGCCUGCAUCGACGCAGUUCACCUUUACCUGCGACUCUCAGGUACCGGGUACCGUGCAGUGGCCUGGCCACCCGAACAGGCACGCCAUGCCAGCACAGGCGUCGCCACCUGGAUCUAACGCGCCCAAUGGUGCGAAUAACGAGGCGGCCCCCAGGGCAGCCGGAGCCAAGCCGAACGGGCGACGAAAGUCCCGUCGACGGCUGGAUCGAGAGCUCGACAUGGCCGCCCGCCAAAGGAAGCAGAUGGCGGCUGACAUGUACUAUCACCAACCUCCCCGGCCCGAGGACGUCUGGAUAUGCGAAUUCUGCGAGUUCGAGAGCAUCUUUGGCCGACCUCCCCUCCGUCUCAUCAGAGACUACGAAAUCAAGGACCGCCGCCACCGCCAAGAGGAGGCCGACCGCAAGCGGCUGCUGGAGAAGGCAAAGGCCAAGAGCCGCAAGGCCAGGAAGACGGGGAAGCCCCUCGGCAAGGGCGCACACGGGGCGCAGGUUCCCGAGGACCCUCGCCAGCCGGACCCCCAGGACGACCAAGACGCAACGCCGAUGCAGCACAGCCACAGUCACUCGACGCAGUCUGAGGAGGGCGAGUACGAGGACGACUUUGAGGACGAUUACCCCAGUCCUCUUCCCGAACGAGUUCCACGACUGGGAGACGCUGGAGGUGGCGCCGUACCCUUGGAAUCGGAGCCAUAG